ACCCAAAAUCUAGCUUUUGCUCUAGGGUGAGGACUAAUAUUGUUAAAGAGAAGUGGGAGAUCGUCCUUCCAAACAUCAUCAAUAUAUUGGAGGGUGAUGAGGGAUUCACAAAUGGGUUUACCAUUAUGAAUCAGAACUGGCACUUUCUUGUGGAUUGAGUUCAUUUUCAGAAACAAUAAAUUAUCCUUCAAGGUCUUCUUUGCUGCUAGGUUAGCAGCUUUGUUUGCUUGCCUUGGGGACCAAGAUAUUGUCCAGUUAUUAUCUUUCAGUUUAGUUUUGAUAUUUCUAACUAGCUCCCACGAUUCCCAUUCGCAAGGCUCAGAAGAGUCAUUCAGCCGAACAACCACCGAUCGAGCAUCGCAGUGCCAAUCAACGUCUUUCCAAGCCGAAUCAGUUUUACUCCUCCGAUGCUUCAAAACACCGUAUUUCCCUCUCUAGCUCUCGUCCUCUCUCUCUCUCUCUCUCUCUCUCUCUCUCUUUCUAACUCUCCGUGGAACUCUCCAAAGCGAAAUUCCUUGUCGGGUAAGUUCCGACUCGCACGAAAGGCGUAACCAUCUCGGCAGAAAGAGGUUAGCCAUUUCUCGGAUAUCCCCUCUCUCAUCUUAUUCUCUCUCUGUCUCUGUAUGGUAUGGCGUCGUCGGCAACUGAUCGGACAUUUGAUUGGUGGUCCAGAUCCGGUUGAGGAGAACAUUUGCAAGAGUGUUGGCGGGAGCAAGAUCUUGUGUAUUCUCAAGGUUGACGACAUGGCUCCCUCAAUGAAUGAGGUGGUACAAGUAUUCAAUAGGAACCUGUUUGAAUACAUAUGGCAGUCGGAAAUUGCACAUGCAAUUCUUCUCGUCAGACGAGCGAAGAAGAUGUUGAAGGAGGGGAAUCAAAAUCCAGAUAACAACAAUGAUCCACCAAACAGGGAAGAGUUAACACAGUUUGUGUCUCGGCUUUUAACUGAUCUGGAAGCCGCUUAUCGUGAGGGGAUGCAAGAGCUAUUUAAUAGAAAAAAAAUACUGUCUAAGGAAAAUGCGACGCUACUGCCGGCAACAUCCUAAUCCGCAAGUGAUAAAGGUGUCUGAAAGCAUGAAGUUGUGGGUGGUACAUGCAAUGAAACGGUGGACACGAAGCUGCAACAAAAAUUGGACAAUGGGACGCAUGACGAAUGCACAACAGAUUUAUACAAUGGAAUCGUUGGCAGAGCUACUGAGUGUGCCGGAUCGUGUGGAGAUAGUGCUUCAACCGCUCGAUGAUGAUGCACAUGCGGCACAUGUGGCAGGCUGGUUCCAAAAUCAUCAUGGUGCAUUUCCUGGAGGAGAGGGGCAUCCACAGUUAGGUCGAUUUGCUUUGCCUGUAGGGUCAGGGUCUGAGCAUGAAUCUGACCGUUCCUAUGAUGACAAUAACAAUUAUGGUGGUUAUGGAAGAGGACGUCGUGGUGGUCGUGGUGGUGGUCGUGGUGGUGGUGGUGGUGGUGGUGGUGGUGGUGGUGGUGGAAGAGGACGUGGUGGUGGUGGUGGACGUGAAAAACAGUACAUUGAUAAAGUUGUGUGUCACAGCUUCAACUUCAGACAAAAUUAAAGCAAAAUUGCUGCAUGUAUAUUUAUAACCUCUAAGAACUUUCAACUUCAAUACCACAGUUAACUUUCCAAGAAGGAAACAAUCACAAGUACUUAAGAAACAUCAAAGAAGGAGGAAAAACUAAUAUAAUUACCUCGUCUUUGGCCAAUAGGAAAGUUCUGAUUUGUCUGAGAUGCGUUACAGAUAAGGCAGCAUUUGGAGUUAAAUGGGACAGGCAAACAUCAGGUGGAGCAGUGCUUCUUCCCCGUUGAUUCUGUUGAUGUUGUUCGUGCACAUGUUCUCCCACUGCUCCCGGUUGAUCCUAUUGAUGUUGUUGAAGUUGUUUCUGCACAGAUUCUCCCAUUGUAAUAGGACGUGGAGAUGGAGAACAGCAGGAAGUGGGAGAAUCUGCUAGAACUGGCUUAGUUUCAUUAGUCCUUAGUUUCCUUGGCUUCAAUAAAUCGUGAUUCAGCUGUGCCAUGGAAGAUGCUAGAACUGGCUCUUAGCAUUUGAUAUAUGUUUUGGUUGAGAAAGAAUGGAGAAUAAAUUUACUAUCUUGCACAUAAUAGCUAAAGAUGUAUUAAUUAUUUUUGUAUCUGCCCACCCAACGAGGAACAAAUUACUACUACAUAUGAUCUUUUUCUUGAGACCAUCAUGAGCGAACAAUUAUUGGCUUGAAGAUGA